UUUUUACAUUUAAACAUAUCGUCUGCCAACGCAGCGACAAAAACUUUGGGCAUGAUUGUCGUGUGCUUCCUUUGCCUAAUAGUGUCGGUGUUUUCCGCGGAUGUUCCUCGUCCGAAACUAGCGCAUCUUGCUUCUGGAGAUGUGGAGAUUUCACUAGAUGGUACACCUGGAAUGAAGGUAUAUGAUGUCAAAUAUCACAUAAAAGGACAUAAACACCACGGACCAUUUCACCAGGGAGCCGAUGGGCGAUGGUAUCAUCGCAAUAACGCAGCUGAAUACAAUGGCAAGGACAAGAUAAAGUACAUAAUUGUUGGAGAGAUAGAUGGCAAAACUGUUGUCACCAAAGGAAAACUUCAUCCCCAGGAAAGAAGCGUUGUUCUUGCACCUCCAAGAGUAGUCAGAGCAUGUCAAACAGUAUUUCGAGAUGACUUUAACGGAGCAUUUGAUCCUUCACAUUGGAACUAUGAAGUGUCAAUGUACGGAGGCCAUAACAGGGAGGUCCAAGCAUACGUUCCAGAUGCAAGAAACAUUUUCACUAGAAAUGGACAUCUUUUCAUCAAACCGACACUUACAACGGAUCACCCGAACUUUUCCGAAUCUACACUAUCAAACGGUGUCAUGGACUUAAAAGCACUGUAUGGAUACUGUACAAACUCCGACCAUUGGGGCUGUUACAGAUCAGGAAAAGAUGGUCUAUUACCACCAGUAAUGUCUGGCAAGUUAAAAUCAAAAAGCACUAUCAAAUUUGGAGAGGUUACAGUUGUUGCCAGAGUACCUAGGGGAGAUUGGAUCUGGCCAGCUAUCUGGAUGUUGCCUAAAUACAGUCAUUACGGUUCAUGGCCUAGGUCUGGGGAAAUUGACAUCAUGGAAAGUAGAGGUAAUACACAGGCCACUGAUAGUCAUGGACACAAUCAUGGUGUCAAUGAAGUAGGGGCAACUAUGCACUGGGGACCUGAUGCUAGUCAUAAUAGAUUUUCUCUAACACAUGGAAAAGCAGAUGGAGAUUGGAGUCAUGGCCUACAUACCUAUCAUCUUACUUGGAGUGUUAACCAAAUACGAGUGACUGAUGAUCAUCGGGAAAUGGUAAACAUUCCCAUUCACGAGAGUUUCUGGCAAAAGGGAGGAUUUAGUGGCAGCAAUAUCUGGGGUGCUGGUACUAAAGCAGCUCCUUUUGAUCAUUCGUUCUAUUUGAUCCUGAAUGUUGCUAUUGCUGGAACCAAUGGAUUUUUCCCCGAUGGCUGGACGUACAACUCGCAUAAACCGUGGAGAAAUGAUUCACCAGAUGUAAAAGGGUCAUUUUGGCACGGUAGAAACAGUUGGCUUGGAUCUUGGCAUGGCGAUGAUGUUGCAAUGGAAAUUGAUUAUGUUGAAAUGAAACAAUGUUAAUAUUUUUUUAAAUAAUAAAGUCAUGAUAAUAGUA